AUGACGGCGGAUUCACCAACGAGCCAUGAAGACGGUCCGACAAACAAGAUCUCACAAGAGACAAGAGACAGACACCUGAAGGCACCGCGCUUCGUCCUCCCAUCACAACACUGGACCGCGGCCCUUCAGAGUCCCUGCAGAGGAGCGGCGGCGUUCCGGCACGUGGGAGUGAUUCCAGCCGAGUUUACCGGACGGCGAGGAGCCUUGGCCGUCAGAGGAGCAGAGGAGGCGAGAACCCGGCCGCCUCGUGGCGGCGGUGGGCGUUUCUUCGGCUCCAGGAGAGGCUCGGGCCGCAAAACACCCACUUCAGAUUCAGAGUCAAACUGUGGCUGCACACCCGGGUCGGCUGGGGUCAACCAGGGCGAAAGAGGCUCCGCAGAAGCUCAAAAGGAGCUGGAGCUGCGGGAGGAUGAGGGUCGCUUCCAGGGCUACUUUCGUCUCUCCCGGGCCCAGUUUGACGACCUGCUGGCCCGCAUCGGUGCUCGGAUCACUCUCCAGGACACCAACUACAGACGCUCAAUUCCUCCUGAAGAGCGCCUGUCCAUCUGUCUCCGGUUUCUGGCCACUGGGGACUCCUACAGGACCAUCGCCAGCAGCUUCAGGGUGGGCAUUUCAACUGUCUCCCAGAUAAUCCCACAGGUGGUGACAGUCAUCUGGGAGAGCCUGGUGGAGGAGUUUAUGCCUGUUCCUGGAGCAGAGGAGUGGAGGUCCAUUGCGGAGGAGUUUGAGGAGCGAUGGAACUUUCCUCUGUGCUGUGGUGCUGUGGAUGGGAAGCACAUUCAAAUGAAGGCACCCCCCAACUCUGGCUCCCUGUAUUUCAACUACAAGUUGCACCAUUCCCUGGUCCUGCUUGCAGUUGUAGAUGCGAGAUACAGGUUCAGGGUGAUAGAUGUUGGAGGUUAUGGCAGAACCAGCGAUGGAGGGAUCUUUGCCAACUCCGCCUUUGGCCAGGCUCUGCGUGCAGGUACACUGGAUCUGCCUCCAAACCAGCACUUACCCGGAGCUGACCACCGAGGAUCCCAGCCUCAUGUAUUUGUGGCAGACGAGGCGUUUCCUCUUCGCCCCUACCUGAUGCGCCCCUUUCCUGGACGUGGUGGCCUAACCCUGGAGCAGCGCAUCUUUAACUACCGCCUCUCCCGGGCCCGGCUGGUGGUGGAGGAUGCGUUCGGGAUUUGGUCGUCCCAGUGGAGAAUGUUCCGCACUCUGCUGGAAAUCCACCCUGAAGUUGUUGAGAAAUGUGUGAAAGCGACGUGUGUUCUCCACAACUUCAUGAGGAUGUCUGCAGAUGGGCGAGCGCCUGCAUGCAGAGGAGCGGUGGAGCAAGAGGAGCCACUUCCAGGUGUGCGGCGGAUGGGGGCCAACAAUGCGACCCGAGACGCACUCAACACUCGAGAUGUGUUCAUGGCCCACUUCUGUGAGGAGGGAGCAGUACCGUGGCAGCCAGCAGAAUAG